UUCUAAAACGAGAAACUUCAUUGGCUUGAGAAGACAAACACUUACGCUCCGAUAUGGAUGCUUGAAUAUCUUUUUCAAAUCUUCACCGUUUGUUGCUAAAACUUUCUGAAGAAACUUUUCUAAAGUUUCUGUAAACAACGUCUCAAGUCAAACUGAGCUUUCGUUGAUGAUAAAAGAAUAGAGUAACAGUUACAGGAGGGAACAAAAUGCAUAUUUAUCAAGCAAAGGACCAUAGCUGACCAUUAUUAUUCAUAAUCCUAGGAUAUGGACCGGGUUAGACACAUACAAGGACAAUCUUAUGGGCAAAGAAGACCUUCCUUAACUGCUGUCCUACGUCGUAUCUUAGAGGGAUAUCCUGAUGGAGGGCAAAUAUUGAAGGAACUUAUUCAAAAUGCCGAUGAUGCCGGUGCAACAGAGGUCAAAUUCCUCUUCGAUUCACGUGACAAUGCUUUCGGCAGUACCUCGUUGAUUCAUCCCGAAUUGUCCAAGUUCCAAGGUCCCGCUUUGUACGUCUACAACAAUGGACUUUUUAAGGAAAGAGACUGGCAUGGAAUUGAGGGUAUCAUGCAGGGAAACAAGCGACUUGAUCCACUGUCUGCCGGGAGGUUUGGUGUAGGAUUCAACUCUGUUUAUCACAUCACAGAUUUACCAAGCGUCGUCAGUGAUCAUUUUAUUGCUUUCCUUGACCCGCAAGAGACGUUUUUUGGUGCUGGAGAAACAGGCCGACGUUUUGAUCUCAGAGACUCUCUUCUUGAGCGGUACUCUGACCAGUUUGCGCCAUACGAGGAUGUCCUUGGCUGCAAAAUCUCAUCAGGAAUUUUGAACGGCACUCUUUUUCGUUUUCCUUUGAGAAAAUGGCCAUCUAGAGUUUCUGUGAAACCAUACUCUGGCAAUAAAGUCAAAGCACUGUUUGAGUCCCUGAUUGAAGAAGCUCCAAUUCUUUUAUUGUUCCUAAAGAAUGUCGAGACAAUUCGCUUUUGCGAGACUACAAGAACUGAACAAGAAAGAGAGACUUUUUCAAUUACCAUCAAGGACAGCCUCAAGGCAUCCAUAAGAUCAAUGAGGAAAAGGUUCAUCCAAGUUGCCUUAGAACGCACUAAUGAGCCUUAUGAAAUGACUUACGAAAUGGUUUUGGAGGAAUGGAAAAAUGGGAAAUUUGAAACGGAGCAUAAAUAUAUGGUUCUGAACAGAGUUGGUAGUGACGAUAAGAAGCUCCUAGAAAUAUCUGCCCAGUUACACCUUCUUCCAUGGGCAGGAGUUGCAGCAUCAUUGAAUCAAACGAAAGUCACAACAGGGAGAGUGUUUUCGUUUCUUCCUCUUCCUCCUGAAUCUGAUUGUCGCACAGGCCUUUCGGUGCAUAUUCACGGUACAUUUGGAGUCACGGAUAACCGGCGCAACCUCAAGUGGGCUGGGGCAGAGUGUCAAAAUGAUGACACAGCUUUCUGGAACAAUUAUCUUCUCACUGAUGUCAUAAGCAAGGCGUAUGCGCAUCUUAUCAUUAAACUAACCCAGUCGCAGUACCCUGCUUACGAGAUCCUUCCCGUGGUAAGCUCAAUUUUACCGGAUUUAGAUCGUAUUCAAGGCCACUGGAAGCUUCUUUUAGAACCUUUCUUCAAUGAGUUAGCAGACAAGCCUGUCUUUUGGACCGAAGCGGAAGGUGGCAAGUGGAUUGCGCUAAAAGAUGCGGUACUAAAUAGGUUACCUCGUACCUCGGCCAAGACCAGACCUGAAGUCCGUGCAGCUGCGGUAAAAUGUCUCAUACAAGCAAAUCAGCCUGUUGUAUCUUUACCAGAACAUGCCCUCCAAGCUGUCGAUGAUUACCUGGUUGCACACGUUCAAUCGGUUCAAGAAAUUACCCCAGCGUAUGUUCGUCGUGUCCUUAAGCAAACUAAAAACCAUGUACCAAACGGCGGAAAUCAAUUUAUAAACAAGAGAAGAAUGGACUGGACUUCGAUCGACAGAAACGAAAGAAUACAGAUUCUAGAAUUCGUAAUGAAAGAUGGAGACCUGCAAGAUUUAGAGGGACUUCCUUUGCUUCCACUUGCGAACAAAACAUUCACAGAAUUUUGUUCAAUGACCUUCGAUUCCAACCCAGAGAAAGCGGUCUUUGUACCUUCAAGGACAAAUCCCCCCACCCUAAUACCAGGGGCUGGGCACAGGUUUCUUGACUCCGACGUGAACGAAGCGGUCCUGACCGUACUCAAGUCUGUGACUUUAGAUGCGGAGAAGCAAAAUACUAGCGUGAUUGCACCAACACAACUGGUAUUUUUUGCCCCGUUUUUGGUGCCCGGUCUUCUGAAAGACGCUCUGCCUGAUGAAUGGCGUGGUGACUCGGUUAUUGUCCCCUGGGAUCCAAAAGACGAACAAGCAGGGGAGGUGUGGUUGAAAGGUCUUUGGUCGUGGCUCCGCACAGAAUUUUCAAACGAUCUCAGUCAAUUUGAAGGCGUGCCUCUUGUUCCAUUAACUUCUAAACGAAUUGAAGCGAAACACCUUAUUAAGUUGAAGAACAAUCAUUCGGUGAUCCAGGGAUCGUCCCACUUUGCGGCUCUACCAAGAAAUGUUGUUGGUGCUCUUCAACGCACAGGCUGUGUCGUGUUGUCUCAUAUUCCAAUGUUUUGUGACCACUUGGAUUUAAGAAGGCAUUUGGAGCCACCCACUCAGUCUGGGGUGUUAAAGGUGCUGUCUACCGUGAUCGAGGAAGAUGGUGGCGUCCCUCUUUCCGUGUUAUCCCUAGACGAGAAACGAGCGUUACGUGCGUUUCUGUCGAGCCUAAGAAACCCUUCGGAUGAUGAGAUUGUCACUCUAAUGUCAUUACCGAUUUUUGAAACUGUCAGUGGAAAUGUGACUUCUCUACAGCCUGAAGAAACUCUGGCUGGGAGAAAGCUUGACGUCGCUCCUCCGCGACUCAGCCUGCCAGGUGACAUUCUGAUACCAGAAUCUGACCAGAUAAUAUCCGCCGCUGACGAAGAUUCGUAUCAGUUACUUCGGCGGCUGCCGGUCCGAAUCCUCAACAUGUCGAAUUUUUUGAUUGAAAAGGUUUUCCCAUUCAUAGAGAAGCAAACAUUCUACACCAGAAGUCAAGUUACUGAAUUAAUGACAUGGGUGUUAAACAGACUUCCGGUACUUUCAAGUGAAAACCGAUCCUUCCCAGAGCAUCUCAAGACCCUCAAGUUCGUCCCUGUCGCAAACAACAAGUUCAAAGCCCCUUUUGAACUUUUUGAUCCAGCAGAUGAAAUCUUGAAACACCUGUUCGAUGGAGAGCCAUCAGCAUUUCCUUGUGAAGAAUUCUCUACCUCACACACACUAAGCCUUCUUCGAGUUUUCCUUGGACUUAGAAGAAGUCGGUCGCUCGAUGGCCAAGACGCUCUUACCAUCGCGAAGCAAAUAUCAGAUAUGUCUGAAGAAAAGGCGUCAAAAAGAGCAGCUGCUCUUCUUAAUUUUCUAAACGAAAACUUUUAUCUGAUGGAUACUGAGGUAGUUGUAGACGAGGAAUCUGAUCUGAAGUUGACUCUAAAACAAGCACUCUGCCGGUUUCAAUGGCUACCUGUUUCUAAGGAUCCCCCUGGAAAGUAUCCUUCGACAAUGUCUUGGUUCAGGAGCUCGCAGUUCCUUUACAGCCCCAGUGAAAUGCGUGAUAUGGAAGGAGCAUUCUUGGUAGGCUCAGCGAUGCCUAUUGUACAUGUACCUGUAAACAAAAAGCUUAAAAAGGCUUUUGGAUGGGAAAAUCCACCACCUUUAAUGCCUGUGUUGGAGCAGUUGAAAACGGCCGUGAAACAAUGGAAAGGUCAGGAUAAGAAACCUCACGAGGUUGAGUCACUCAAGUUCCAAACCAUGCUACGUGAAAUUUACGAUUACCUUUCUUCCCAGAACACUCUUACAGAAGCUAUUGCAGCCUUAAAGAGUCCCAGUUUUGGGCCAUGGGUUUGGUAUGGUUCUGGAUUUGCUCUUCCAAAUUGCGUUGCCUUCCACAGUACCUGCCCCUUCGACCUCAAGCCCUACCUUUUAACCAUGCCAGAGGAAUUUAGAAUUUACGACGACUUGAUGCUGGGCUGUGGAGUUAGGGAAUCUUUUGGAGAAGAAAACAUCUUAGAUGUGUUGCCAGCCAUCUACGAAGCUCGUUUGAUGAAGAAGGACAGGGUGGACGUGAAACGUGAUCUGUAUCUAGUUACGGAGAUUUUACAUUACGCUACGAAUACUGGAAAACCGUUGCCUGACGAUCUAAAGAAGAAAGUGUUUGUUCCCAUAAAGACAGCUGGUGACACGCUAUGCCUUAAACCUUUACACGAGGUUAGCUACUGCGACACAAACAUCCAAGAUGACGAAGACCUUAGUUUUUUGAAUGUUGCUCAUGAAAGUAUUGCAACCCGAACCUUGCAGCUUCUUGGAGUUCAACCUUUAAACAGAAGCUUGAACUUUGUUGAAACCCUAGGAUUCGAGCAAUCGGGCCCGCAUGAGCCAGUCACAACAAGGCUCCAAAACAUCUUAAAGGAAUACCAGGAUGGGUUUUGUCUCUUCAAGGAGCUGAUACAGAACGCAGAUGACGCUGGUGCAACUGAAGUUAAAUUUUUAAUCGACUGGCGAAGAAAUCCUUGUGGGAGGUUGCUGUCACCAGAAAUGGCCGAUGCACAGGGUCCUGCCUUGUGGGAAUACAACAACGCAUUGUUCACUGAUACCGACUUUGAGAACAUCAACAAACUUGCAGGCGCCACUAAAAUGGACUCGUUCAAUAAGAUAGGUCGCUUUGGUCUUGGGUUUUGCACUACCUACAACAUAACUGAUAUUCCCAGUUUUGUGAGUCGGGAAUUUCUUGUUGUUUUUGAUCCUCAAACAAACCACCUUGGUCCUCUCAUAAAAGACAAGACUAGGCCAGGAAUUCGGUUGAACUUGAAGAAAAAUCCCAAAGCUUUGGUUGCAUUUUCAGACCAGUUUUUACCUUAUCAGAACGUGUUUGAAUGCCAGAUGAAAGAGCUGGAAGAUGGAUUUUAUUACGAUGGCACGCUUUUUAGGUUUCCUCUUCGAACAAAAGAGCAAGCUGAAACCAGUGAAAUAUCUGACAAGCAUUACGAUGAAGAAGCAUUUAAAGAACUAGUCUGCUCGUUUCGAGAAAAUGCGUCAAAUCUUUUGCUCUUCGUGAAUAAUGUGAAGAAAAUCACAUUCUAUGAAAUGGAAGCGUCCUCCGAAGAAUCCAAGAUGAAUCUUCUCUUUGAGCUGAAGAAAGACAUCGUUAAAACUGUCUCGAAAAAUCAGUCUUCUCGCUCGAAAAGCGAUUCUUAUCUUACUCUAGAACACUCCAAGGAUUCAACGUAUACUCUUCAAGAAUCUGACAUUAUUUCUCUUGAAUCCAAAACGUAUCCUUGCAAAUGGUUUCAAAACAACGCAUUACAGACAAACUACCAAGUUUGGCUGGCUUCAUUUUCGGGGGGUCGUGACUUGUCCAUUGAUCUUUCUGCGACUGAGGAAGGAAAGCUUAAAGGCCUUGUUUCCCGAGCCGGAGUUGCUGCUCUUCUUUCCUCUUCUGAAGAAAAAUCCAGCGCUCUGAAACCAAAAGCGAUCACUGGAGAGGCGUUCUUCUCGUUACCUCUGUCCAUAGAAACGGGACUGCCAGUCCAUGUAAACGGUUGUUUCGCUGUCACCACAAACCGAAGAGGGCUCUGGGAAGACACGUUAGCAGAGCACGGAACAGUGAAACCAUUCGAAAUUCUCUGGAAUCAAACGCUACUCGAAGACGCUGCUUCUAUAGCGUACGUACAGCUUCUAGAAGACCUAGUAAAACUGAACAAGGAAGGCAAAGUCGGGGAUUUUCACUUUGAAGUGCUCUGGCCAGAUCCAGCGCUUUCGCCAUCCAAGAUAUGGAAACGUUUUGUCAGCAGCGUCUACCAAAGAAUAAACGAGUCAUCAGCUCCUUUGAUGCGCAGCUCGUCCAGGUGGGUCUCCGUCGAGGAAGGGGUACAUCUCGAUGAGAAAGUACGAAGAUUGCCUGAAUGUUACAUAAUCAUGCAAGACAGCGGAUAUCAAGUCGUUGACUUACCGCUGUUUGUUCAUGAGGCCUAUGUCCAAGCUAAACUAAAACCAGAGUUGAUUAAACGCACAAUCACCCUAGAAAGGUUUCUGAGAGAUAUCUUCUUUGAAAAUAUAAGUGACUUCUCCAUCGAUGUAAGGGAGUCAGUCAUAUCCUGUGUCUUGGAUGAGUACCUCAAAGGUUCUACUAGUUUUGCUAAGUUUCUGAUGGAUAAGUGCUGUAUACCAACAUCUCCUGACGGACAAGUCCUUGUUUCACCUAAUUCAUUGAUUGACCCAAAAGGGGCAGCCGCAGAACUUUAUUUCCCAAACGAGCAUCGUUUUCCUUUUGGAGACGUGAUUUCAACGGAAGGAAGACUUGUAGUCCUGAGAAAGCUGGGGAUGGUGGAGGAUAUUCUCUCGUGGCAGGCAAUUUGCGAGCGAGCAACUUCCAUUGUCAAGAUGAAAAACGAUAAACAGAUGGCUUUACAGCGGAUUCGUAGUUUGAUAAGCUAUCUCAAUCUGAAUCUCUCAAAGCUUGAUGUACCUAGUCAAUCUGAAGUAGAACUUCUACGAAGCAUCAGCUUUCUCCCAGUACUAGACCAACCAGCCGAUUAUUGUAUAGCUUGGAAAGGAAGCUACAAGCCAAGUAAGCGUGGAAUUGCCUUGCUGGCUCCAGUGAAUUUGUUUUCCGACGAUUUGCUUUACCUUCUUGGAACGAGCAAGGCCAUUCUCGAUGAGACAUCCGAAACAGGAUGUGGAAAGCUAACGCCACAAUGUCUAAAGCUUCUAGGGAUAUCUACCAAAAACAUUGAGACCGAGGACGUCCUAUUUCAGUUGUCAUCUGCCGUCCAGGCUACCCGAAUGAAGAGAACGAACAUUAACUGGCACUGUAUCCGAGAAAUAUGCUUCAGUGUGUACCGUUAUCUCCAAGGCAAGCUUCAGACACCAGAAAAGCAAGCUAUUUUAGAAAUCCUUCAAGAAAAGCCCUGGAUUUUUGUAGAUUCUAAGUUCGUUGGCUGUAAACAAGUUGCAUUUGAUUGGAAUGGACAUGGCGAUCCUUUUCUGUAUCACCUGCCACAUGAACUUGCCAUGGAAUUCAGAGACCUUUUUGAGGCCAGUGGAGUUAGGAAAACAUUUAGUGCAGAUGAUUAUAUUGAGGCGCUCUUCUCCUUCCAAGAAAGAAAGCAAGGCCAACUACUAACACAGUCAGAAUUCAAGACCACCAAAGCAUUCCUUGAUGAAAUUUCUGAAUUAGAUGAAGAUGCAAUUGGAGCUUUUUAUAAGCAUUUGCCGAUGCCUGAUUCGGAGCAAGUUCUGAGGCCAGUCGGACAACUGGUAGUGAAUGAUGCCCCAUGGCUGCAACAGAACGACGCCGCACAGACCGUGCACCCGGAUAUUUCUGCGAAACUUGCUCAUUCCCUUGGAGCUCACAGUAUCAGAGACGUAACUUUAAACAAGUACUCGCGUUGUAUGGGCAAACCUUUUGGUCAAGUUGAACACCUAACGUUUAGGUUGAAAAAUAUCCUUGCUUCGUACCCUUGUGACACUGGAAUUUUAAAAGAAAUUCUGCAGAAUGCUGAUGAUGCUCAAGCCACAGAAGUUCAAUUUGUGUACGAUCCCAGACAACAUGGAACAGAGCACGUCUUGAACGAAAACUGGAAGCAGUUACAAGGUCCUGCGCUGUGCGUCUAUAAUAACCGACCUUUCACGAAUGAAGAUAUAGAAGGAAUUCAGAAACUAGAAGAAAAGAUUGGUCGAUAUGGAAUUGGUUUUAAUGCUGUAUACCACUUGACUGACUGCCCAAGUUUCAUUUCAAACGGCAACACCCUUUGCAUCCUUGACCCCCAUGCAAAGUAUGCACCAGAUGCCACUAGAGAUUCCCCAGGAAGACUCCUUGAACCUUUAGACUUUCAGUUCAGAGGUGAUUUCAUUGAUGUGAUGAACGGAUACCUGGAAGAUUUGUUCGACCUCGAAGGUGGCACUAUGUUUCGCUUCCCGCUGAGAACUAAAGCCAUGGCUGAAAGUUCAGAGAUUUCGAGAUCAAGCUUCGACGACUUGGAUAUUGAACGCCUCCUGAACGCGUUCGAAGCCGAAGCAAAAGAUGCUUUGUUGUUUCUGAACAGUGUGCGAAAAAUUACAAUAUCUUUGGUGAUUGAUGAUCGUCUCACCACAAAAUGUCAAGUUACAGCUUCUAUAUCAGAGGAAAGUAACAACAAACUCCAAGAGAUGAGCUCUCAAGUAAGGUUAUGCAAGAGCCUAUCGACAAAGGACAUCCCUUGGUAUGGCGUUACGUAUUUGAUGAAAAUCUCAGACUCUCGGAAAAAUGCUGAGGAAUGGCUUAUCCAUCAGUGUAUUGGUGCAGAGCAAUAUAUCGAAGAAGAUGAAAUACCAGAUGGAAAACGCCUCGGGUUACUCCCCUGUGGAGGGCUUGCAGCUAGUGUUGGAGUUAAGGAUGCACAAUCCAAGGUCCAAGAAACUAGACAACAAAAAUCAAAACACAGUAAAACAUACCAUGUGUUUAGUUCCUUGCCUCUGCCAGCUGAAACUGGUCUUCCUGUACACGUGAACGGGCAUUUUGUCCUGGACCAUUCUCGCCGAAAUCUUUUGUCGGAUCAAGAAGGGAUUGGUGCUCGGAGUGAGUGGAAUGAAUUCUUGAAGAAUGAAAUUCUCGCUCCAGCAUAUGGAAAGCUUUUACUGCAUCUGCGUGAACGCAUCAGUGGAAUUCGUGAAGGGAGCCCUUGGUUUUUUAUCAGUAAAAGGGAUGUCCAUUUUGGUCUCAAAUGGUAUCAAAGUCUCUUCCCAGAUCCUGACCUUGUCCAUACGGAAUGGAAAGCUUUUGCUCAAGCUGUGUUCAAAAACCUUGCCUCAAAACCUGUCUUACCGGUUCUCAAGGGCCAGGAUGAGCUGACCAAUUCAUCAUCGCCUCCUUUGACAACGGGCCAGUCCACCGAGUUCUCUCUUGGUGCUGUCCCUACUCCAUGCCUCUGGAUGUCACCUGCUUCAUACGAUGAAGACGAGCAAGCAUACUUCAGUGACUUAGACGAAACCAUUGAAAAACUGUUACUUAGCAUCGGAUUUCCUUUGGUGUUUUCAGCUUCCAGCACCUUCAAACAUUUCAAAGAUGCUAGCGUAUCGGUGAAGAAGGUUUCUCCUGAUGUUGUUAUUAAGUUUCUUCGAAGUCCAAAGUGUAAGAUGGGAGCGAUUCCUUGUGCCAUUAAAGAUUCCAAAUUGAAAGACAUCUCAAACUUGGCGCUGUUAAUCAAGUACUGCAUGAGUUGCGUAAGAUUCGUGACAGGUCUGCAUGGUCUUCCUCUAUUGCUCACUGAAGACGAAGUACUUCGGCGUUUCGACAUUGACCACCCGAUAUUCUUUACACCAUUCUUAGACUUGGUACCAAAACAGAAAGAACUUUUUCUCCAUAGAGAAUUUGUAAUGGCACUUUCGAAUCAUAUGAGAGAUCCCAUAAAGAAAACUGGUAUCUUUAAGCGUUUUGAUACCAUCAGUUUGGAGCCGUACCUAGUCCAUUUGUUGCCGUCCAGUUGGUUUGGAAUCGACAAACCAAUUCAAUGGGAUCCAUCAACCGAAUCUAUUCCCACACGAGAAUGGCUAACUCUAUUAUGGAAGUUGAUCCACAAAACCUUUCAAGACAGGAAAGUCAGCUACCAUAAAAGGGAUGAAUGUGCCAAGAUCUUACGACCAAUUGAAGACUGGCCAAUCCUGCCAACAAGUACGGAAACUUUGGUAUCGAUUGCGUUCGGUAAAACCGUACUAGACCUGACUACUCAUGGUCCCGAGAAUGAGAAGCUGGUGACAAUACUCAGAAAGCUUGGAUGUGCAGAACUUGACUUCUCAAUACUUCCAGGAUUAGAAACACUAGAUCUUUCGCAGCUUGUCAGCACCUACCUCGCAAAACCUAACUCAAGACUAGAUCUUGUGUCUGUGCUAGAACACUUGAUGAAAGAAAAAGAUAUUUCUGAAGUGCUUGAAGACAAUGAAAUUCUUGUGUUGUUCAACUUUCUCCAAGAGGAUGUGACAACAGUAUACAGUCACAAGAAUACUCUGAGAUCCUUACCGUUUUUCAAGACUCUCAACGGAAAAAACGUCAGCCUUGGAAACUACGUAUCAGCAUACAUACUCGAACUGCCCAAGUGCGUACUGCUAGAAAACAUAGAGGCAAGAGUCGAAAUGGAAGGAUGUGUCUUACUGCAAGAAAUACCAGAACUCGAUACUUUCUACAAAGCACUUGACAUCUACCGAAUAUCAAAGUGUGAAGUGUUCGUCAAAUACAUCUUACCAAAUUUAGACGCUAUGACAGCUGAAGGGCGUGAAUCAGUACUGACGUAUAUCAGACAAUCAUUAUUGCCUCCACUGACAGACCCAAACGAAAGAAGCAUCAUUAUUGAUACGCUAAUAGAUAUCAACAUUCUUCCUGACAAAUCUGGAGAACUGGCACCUGCCCGCCAUUUCUAUGACCCAGGGAAUGCAGUUUUUAAAUCAAUGCUACCACUUGAAAGUUUUCCACAGGGGGAAUUCGUCAAUGAAAAAUGGCUACCGCUCUUAAGAGAAAUUGGCCUGAAGCAGACGGUCACACAGCAAGACUUUAUAGAGUUUGCAGAGUCCAUAGCAAGUGAGGCCGAAUUAACUCCAAGUGAUCCUGUAUUGAAAGACAAAUCCAAAGCUUUGGUCACUUACUUACUUGAAGAGGAGAGCCUUCACGAAGCCAGUUUCUUGCACGUUAUAUCCCAGAUUAAAUUCAUUGCAGCUGAAGCUGCGAGCGAGAACUUGAGAAAUCUCUACGUGCAGUUUGAAAGCAAGAACAAAGAUGAUACUUCUCUUUACACGGCGUUUCACGGAGCAGUAUCCCACGAAUGUCAAGCAUUUCUGUGGAGUAGUGUUCCUCUGUUACCUCCAUGGGCUUUACCCAAAGGCGGGGAAAACCAGCGGACUUUGGUCGAAAACUUGGGAAUUGAGAUUGCACCUCCAGUUGAUAAAGUCAUCAAACACCUGGAGAACCUAUCGUUGAAGUACGCGGGGAACGUCAAUAAGGACACUCCCAAAGAUCAACGUGAGCUUCUUCAUGAUGUGAUUUACAACAUUCUGGGGUUCUUCAAGACCGAGACCGCUUGCCCACCAGGAAAUCCUUCAGAAAGAUGCACAAAGUCUUGUCAAACGUUUGGCAACAUCUUGAGAAAGACGCCUUGUAUUCCCGUAGAAGAAGGAAGGGUCUUUGUGCAAGGAAAACAGCUUGCUUUCGAAAUAAGUGAAGAACUUCCACCAUUUCUUUACAAAGUUCCUCGAGAGUAUGGACACUUAGAACACGUCUUGAAGCGACUAGGAGCCCAGGAAAAGACAUCUCCUGUUCAAUAUGCCAACGUGUUAGCUAGACUAAAGGAAGUUUGCGAGGACAAGCAUAUGGAGCCAAACGAAAAGAGAGUUGCAAGACUGGCAUCCCAAGGAUUCUUCAGUACAGUUUCAGUUUUACUCAAAGAAGCAAAUGAAUCAUCAGUCACUGCUUUACUCACAAAAAUCAACGAACUUUACCUGCCAAGCAAAGGAGGAUUCCUGAAACUUUCUUACGAACUUAUUGUUUAUGAUAACCCAAGCUUUGAACGUCGAGCAAGUGAAUUUGCAGCAUCGUUCGUCGACAUUGCUCGUGAAGGAGAACUUACAGCUGACCGACUUGCCCACCUUUUUAAGAUUUUGCCUCCGCGUCUCAGGGCAAGAAACAUACAAAGUAUUAUUCAUGAGGAGUUUCAUCCGUGUUCUAGAGACAAGCACUGUAUUGCUGAUACAGAAAAUGACCAAUGUCCGUUCAUUGCCCGCUACCGAGACAUUCUACUGUCACCCAAAUUUUUCAAUGGGAUUAUUAGAGUCAUUAAGCAUCAACGACAAACAGCGAAUAUUCCACAGGAGGUGAGAGAUCAGGUGCAUGUGCUUUCUAUGUUGAAGAUCUCGUGCAUGGGGUCCGUUGAUACGCACCUGGUUCAUCUUGAGACUAAAAAUCCCAUCAAGAACAGCAAAGAGUCUCAAGAUUGCUUCUUAGAAGAGAAGGACAAGGAGUGGCAGCUUUACAUCAAACACGGGACCGACGAAAACCCUCUUCACAUCCAGCUCUGCUUCCUGAUAAACAGGCUGAUUGGAAACUACAUCGAGAAAGAGAUUUACCUCCAAGCCAUGCUAUCCUGCAGGGUGCCAGAAGAUAUCCUCCCAUCGUUGGAUCGCUGCGGUGUGGCUCAGGAUCUGUUAUCAAGUGAGCUUCGAACCACUGAUCCAUCCUUAGGCUCAGAAAUCCCAGUCAUGUACCAUUAUUUACUGAGACAAGACCUUGGUUAUUUCUUUCGCCAAGGGGAAAUUGUUGGCUACGAAAAGGAAAGGACUCAGUCUGACGAAGACGGAGAUGACAGAGACCCCAUGUACGUGUACGCUAAAGUUGUCAAGAAAGUAACGUCCAGUACAAGCAGCGAUUCUGCUGAAUCCAACAAGAUCGACUUGCAGGCGCGAUACCGUAUUGAUGUUGGGGAACCAAAGCUUGUUGAAGUAAGCGUCUUGGAUUUGUACAAGUUUGAUCGCUCAGCACCGGAUUUCCCCACCAUUGCUCAAGAGCUUUCAGAUCUAACAGACAUCACACCAUUUACUGGUGAUCCUGAUUCUAUUGAUAACAGGGCUGCUACGAGAAAUACUCGAAUGGAAAAUGCAAUGAAAGAAAUUAAGGAAGUGCUGUGGGAAGCUUGGAAACUGGACGAGAAAGCUAGGAAGAAAGUCACUAAACGUUUAUUCCUCCGAUGGCAUCCAGACAAAAAUCCAGGCUGUGAUAUUGCAAAUGAAGUGAUGAAAUUUUUACUUGGGGAGAUAGAAUCGUUGGAGCGACUGUUUCCGACGAACUGGCGGGAAAACGCCCGAGAAGAAAAAGAAAAGACACCAGAACCGGCAUCAAAUUUCAGUGAUCUUUUCGAGAAAUGGAAUCAACGAGCUCACCAGGAGUGGGAGACAUACAACACCUUCAAGAGACAAAAACCGGGUGCUUCCCAGCCAGGCACAGCUAAUCCACAGCGGAAGGAAGCAAGACGGUGGAUGAAGCAAGCCAAGGACGACCUCAGUGCUGCUAAAUGUCUUCAUGAUCAAGAAACCCCAUUCUAUAGCUUUGUGUGCUUCCUUUGCCAACAGUCUGCUGAAAAAGCAUUCAAAGGUGCACUGUAUUCAGCCUGUGGCAUAGCUGAAAACCAACUUGAAACCCAUGAUGUCUUAAAUCUUGCCUACGAGAUCACGGAAAUUGAUGGCUCACCAUCUGACAUUGCACAACUUGCUUCAAAACUGAAGAACUAUUACGAGAAAACUCGUUAUCCUCACUAUCACCAUGGCGGCCUCAUCCCAUCAGAUGCAUUCACACGUGAGAAUGCAGAAGAAGCAUUGGAAGUUGCAGCUGCAGUUCUUGAGAAGAUUGAAGAGUUUAUCACUGCCAACAUUGGAGAAGAACAGUAGUAGGUUAUAACAAGAUAUAGAAAUAAUUCUACGAAGCUCAGGUUGAAAGCUGACGUUUGGUGUGCCAAAUCUACACAAGUCAAAGGCCACCUUAUAGCUUUCAUAAUAGAGUGCACGCACUAAAACCGUGAACAUUAAAUAGUACUAAUUAGUACUAUUUCAUACAGAAUCCUUUGUUUUCUAUUGUUUAAUUAUCACUAUUUAGUGCUACAAAUUAGUAUUUGUUUCACGGAUUUAGUGUGAGCACUCUACUAGUAACUGUCUGUGGAUGCAUUAAGUGCAUAAGACGACCUUUCCAAGUAACUAAUGUGAGAAGUUGAGGAAUGAAAGGCACAAAUAUUCGUGGCCAAUAGGUUUUUACUAGAAAACCAAAAUUAUUAUAGUAUAGAUGAAUAUGUACAUUUGCUCGCCAAGAUAAAGAAUGGCUUACACAAUCAUAAUUAUUUAACAAUGUUUCCUAGCCAGUACAAGCACAUUAUUUCAAAAAUACACAAGGCCAGAACCACAGAGAUAAAAAUCAUGAGGCUCACUCUUCCUCUCACACUAGUGUUAAAGUGAGAGCCAUGCAGCCUUUAGAACUUUACAGCCCGUUUUAGCCGUCAGCCCCCCCCAUAUUCAAAAUGACAGAUGCUUCAAAGCUGACGUACUUGUCUGAGAGUCAAAUCACAAGCUGGGCCUGGUUGUACAGAAUGGAUAGCUAUAUCCAAAGGAUAAAUCCUUAUCCAGUGAAACAGCUUUGCUGAUCUAAAUCAGGGAAACGACAAUUUUUCCUGAAACAGUAUUAAUUGAUAGUGCUUUUCCAAGUUUCUGUCAGCCAGCAUUUUUAGGACUUUUAUAAAUUUUAUCUCAAAUAAUAAUGGAAUUUAGGAAUAAAUGAAUUUGUAAAUAUAUGUAACAUUUUUACUAAAAAUAUUUUGACAUCAAUUAAAAAUAAAAAGGCUAUAAUCUAGCAUCACUAAAAUAACAUCAUUUAUUCCUAAAACAUCUUAGUUGCUACAGAUUUAGGCCUGUUCCAUAUGCUGCUCUACUCAUGUGCCUAAUUGAUGAAUUAAAUACAUGUACAGCAAGAGUGGCAUAAGAAUCAACUGCCCCUGCAGUGUCAUACUGUAAAAUGUGGCAAGCCUUGUCUAACUUAAUGUGUUUGCCAUACCAAAUUAAAGCCUGCAGACCAAACUGAUUUAUACACUGCUCUUUUGCUGUGCUUCAUUAAUUCAUCACUUUGGGCAAAAAAGGCCUAAUUUAAUUCAGCAUAUUAACUUCACCAUAUGAAUCAGCAGUUGCUCCAAAAUGAAUCUAAGUCAAACCUAAUAUUGUAUUAGGUUCAGCAUAUGAGUACAAUGAGUACGUUUUUAGAGUCGGGGAAGGAACGAGCCAACACUAAAAACGUCUGUGCGGCAGGCUAAGUGCAUACCCAUAUACAUAGUGUAUAACACAUAUCAUAGAGCAUACCCCUUCCUUCAUCAGAAAACUCACUGUAGUGUGCCUGUUGUAGCUGAUCAAAGUUUUUAAACAUGAAAUAAAUACAUACUAUAGAACUA